UCAUUCGAGUGUGACUGAGAAGUGAAAGAUUCAACAGUGCUGUUUUUGUGGCCAGCACAUGAUGAGAGCUGCGCUCACUCCUCUUCGGUUCAGAGCAUCACGUGUGUUGAACAGCGACACAUGAGAGGAGUUUCCUGUCUGGAAGCGGGUUUGUGUGCUGGGACGAUGUGAUGAGUGUGGACGUGUUGUACUAGUUUCACCCUGCGUGGAUCUGAGCAGUGCUGAGAGCAGAAAGGGGCGUGAACACUUGAUAUAUUCAGUGUGAGGUCCGACUGAAGUCCAGCCGGUCAGAGCGAGUCGCGGUGCGUCUGGUAACGUCCUCUGCUCGGGUUUGUUCCAGGAGCGCAGCGCAUCACACAGAAAAUAACGAGAUGGAAGAAAAUAACGAGAUGGAAGAAGAAGAAACUCCUGCUGAAGCCAGAAAAACACCUGAUGAGACAGAAGCAGGAGAGAAAAAACCAACAGGUGCUGAAGAAAGAGUCACUCAGACACAGAAACGUCAUCAUGACCCAAACGAUCAGCACGCGGCUCAUUCCACCAGCGUCCAGGCACACACAGAGACGCCCGACAGUUCUAACAGGAAACUUUACCUCAGAGUCAGAACUGUGGACCAAGAAGCUUCAGGUCAUGUUGGAGAGCAGCUGACAGAUUCAUGCGAACAGCGUCUGGAUGAAGAGACGAAGACGGAGACGCUGGAACACAGAGUGGCUCCACAGACGCGUCAUCAUGGCCUGUCCAAUCAGGGAGCCACAUGUUACCUCAACAGCGUCCUGCAGGUGCUCUCCAUGACCACCGAGAUCCACCACAGGUUGGAUCCUCAGAAACACACAGAUCUGCAGCUGAGAAACAUCUUUACAGGCCUGAAGAAAAGAACAUGUGGAACAGAAAACAUCACAGCAACGUUUGGGAUUAAAAAUGUCUAUGAACCAAGUGAUGCAGCUGAAUGCCUGGAGAGGAUUUUACAUCAGGUCAGCACAGACGCCUCUGAGGUUUUCAGAGGAAAGCUGACGGAGACGACGACGUGCUCUGACGGCCACGUCGUCAACGAAGAGACGAAUCCAUUCUGGACUCUGCCUCUGUCGCUGAGACACGCUGCUGAUGCAGCCUACAGCCUGGAGAGCAGCUUUAACAGGAUUUUUCAGGACGUAACAUACUCAGGAGAUAACAAGGUGUACUGUGACGAGUGUGACCAGGAUUCAGACGCCACAGCUAGAUGUGAGAUGGUGGAAGCUCCUCAGAUCUUGAUUCUUCUCCUCAAGAGAUUUGACUUGGACAGAAACACCAGGUCACAUUUCAAAUCACACUGCUGUGUGAAAGUGCCAGGUGAAUUACAGCUGAAGGAGAAGACGUACACGCUGUACGGGAGGGUGGAUCACAUGGGCAGUAUAAGAGGUGGACAUUACACAGCCACCGUCCGGUCUGGGGACACCUGGUACCACUGCAAUGAUUCUCACGUACAGAUUAGACAGCAGCUGUUUGCAGAGGACGGGACGUUCAGCUCCCGGAGCGUCUAUCUCCUCAUGUACAGAGCUUCAGAGUCGAAGGUGUCCAGCAAGACGAGACAGAAUGAAGAGAACGAGCCGCAGACAAGAAACGACAGUGAGCUGCUGAAGCGUCAGCCUGAAGGAGAGGAGGACGAUACAGAGAGAAACUUAGAUGACAAGUUUGAAGGGCUGAAGUCAGUAAAAGCCUCUAAACAACAUGUGGAUGGAGAGACAGAGACGGAGGAACGAGGAGCGCCUAAGAAGCUCGGUGAGAAAACGUCACCAGGUCAGACAGACGAUGCAGCUGAACGACAGGAUGAAACCAGUGACGAGGACGACCAGAUGCAAACUGAUGGAGAUGUUGCUGCUGAGUCGCAGGUGUUUCCUGACGCCAGCAGGCUGGAUGAUCUGACACAAGACGACGUGGAGCCAAAGAGAAGAUCAUUAGAAAGAGAUGCUGAGGAUGAAGAUCAGGAGCAAAUAAGACAGAAUGACACAUGUGAGCUGCAGGAGACACGUGAUGAGGCUUUAAGCCGUCAGACUGGAGGACGGGACGCUGACGCAGGAACUGGAAAGGUUGUGUUGGAGGAUGAGUUUAGAUCUGAGCCUGAACAGGAGCCGGUGAACAGAGAGAAGCUCAGAGACGACGAGGACGAUGAAGCGGGAGAGCGUGAAAGGUUUGGAUCACAUGAUAACAGUGUCGAUGUAGAAGCACAGAACCAUCUGAACAUAAAUCCAGACAGAACACAUUCCUGCAUCACGCAAGGAAACACAAGCAACAAGGCUGAGGAGGGGCAGAAAAAUGAAGGAGAUGAUGCUUCUGUAAAUGGCGAAGAACAGUCGAAAAAUCUGGAUGAAGGAGACAUAAUAUCUGACGACGGCGAAGGAUUUUUUUCAUGUAUAUGUGGAAACAAUGCAGAGGAUGAUGGAGUGAUGAGAAGAGAGGAGGAAAGACUUCAGGCCGGGAGAGGAGGGUGCUGCAGAAAAGUUAGACUGACACUGUAAGUAGUGAAGACGGGAAGAAAAAAGAAAAGAAAAGAAAAGCUGAAAAAAGAGGAAGAAUAGAAGAAGCUCCUCCCACUGCGAGGUCAGGAGCGACGUCUGUUACUGUUUGUUUGUCUGACUGUCGUUUCUCUCAUUUCUUGCAUUUUCUUGUGUUGCAUCAAUCGAUGAAAAAAGUGUUGAAGACGAGUCGAAUUUUAAAACAACAUUGAUGACUUGAUGACCAUAAUAUUGCUCCAUGUUGUUUAGCAGGUUACACACAGGUGAUGUGACCUCCAGCGCUGCAGCUCAGCCAAAGUCUUUAAAAUAACUUUAGAAAAUCGACUUUUUUAAAAUGACUUUUCCAUGAUUUCAUCUUGUUCCUCUGUAUGACUGACGCUGUUAAUAAAGUUAAUAA